AUGUUGUCCCGCUGCUCGUCGCGCUCGCCAUGGCCGCUGCAGACGCGCUCGUACGCCAUCUCUGUAAAGCCACCAAAGGUCCUUGAAGGGAAGCGCCUCCCCCGCGUCUUCAAGGACAAAAAAGCGUUCCAAUUCAGCUGGUACACCAAGAUCCUCCAAACGACCGAACACUCCCCACUCGUCUUCCUCCGCCACAACGCCUUCUCUGCCCAGCGACUCGUAAAGCUCCGGAACGACAUUGCUGCUGCUAAUAAAAGCAAACCGUCGCUGGCCUCGCCAACUCCCAUCGAAUACCAACCGCAACUCACCGUCAUACGGUCGAGCAUAUUCGGCGCAGCGCUGCGCGAGUACCCCGGGCUUGAUGUGACCGCAAUGGACAAGAUGACCAACGAGGUAUCAGGGGGACUUGCUGUCCUCUCUCUCCCUGUACUCGACCCACCACGACUUCACGCCAUUCUUCGUGUGCUAGACCGAAGCUUCCCACCGCGGAAACCCAAGACGGAGGAAGAGCUGAAGAAAGAGCUAGAGGAGAAAAAUGCGGAUCCCGUGACGCCCGGCCGCAGGAUGAAGAAGCAACGCGCUAUUCUGCAUCCCGAGUUGACGGUGGUCGGAGCGAUAAUAGACGGAAAGGUGUUCCUACCUGAAGGCGUACGGGAGGUGUCUAAGUUGCCAACCCUGGAGACUUUGAGGGCCCAGAUUGUUGGGUUGCUGAGCGCUCCAAGCACACAACUCGCCGCGGUGCUCAGUGAGGCUAGUGGAGGAAGACUGGCAAGAACGCUGGAGGGUUUGCGGCAAGGGCUCGAGGAGACGAGCGGACCAGACGCUGGUAGUCCCCCAGCUUGA